CAGCCGCGGCCUUCUGACCGCGACGGCGCGUUCCGCAAGGUGACGGCUGCCCUGCAGCGCCACAGGCGCGGGGUGGCCAGCGGCAGCGGCAUCAGCUGCUACCAGAACGGCACGGAGGCCGGGUCAGCAGCGACCGUGGGGAGCUGCCAGGAGGGCGACGACAUGUGCUCGGUGAUGACAGUGUUGGGCUCGCUCGUGCACACCUGCUCCAACAAGGACGCCUGCGACCUCGCCAAAAAAGCGGGAGACUUGUGGGGCGACCUCAUCGGGGAGGAGAAGGACCCGCUCGAGGGCAGCCUCGGUUUCUCUUGCUGCCAGGGGGACGGGUGCAACGAGCCCGGCUCCGCGGCCCUCGCCCAGCAGCCGCGGCCUUCUGACCGCGACGGCGCGUUCCGCACGGUGACGGCUGCCCUGCAGCGCCACAGGGGCGGGGUGGCCAGCGGCAGCGGCAUCAGCUGCUACCAGAACGGCACGGAGCCCGGGUCAGCGGCCACCGAGGGGAGCUGCCAGGAGGGCGACGACAUGUGCUCGGUGACCACAGUGAUGGGCUCGCUCGUGUACACCUGCUCCAACAAGAACGCCUGCGACCUCGCCAAAAAAGCGGGAGAUUUCUGGGGCGACCUCAUCGGGGAGGAGAAGAACCCGCUCGGGGACAUCCUCGGUUUCUCUUGCUGCCAAGGGGACGGGUGCAACGAGCCCGGCGCCGCGGCCCUCGCCCAGCAGCCGCGGCCCUCUGACCGCGACGGCGCGUUCCGCACAGUGACGGCUGCCCUGCAGCGCCACAGGGGUGGGGUGGCCAGCGGCAGCGGCAUCAGCUGCUACCAGAACGGCACGGAGCCCGGGUCAGCGGCCACCGAGGGGAGCUGCCAGGAAGGCGACGACAUGUGCUCGGUGACCACAGUGAUGGGCUCGCUCGUGUACACCUGCUCCAACAAGAACGCCUGCGACCUCGCCAAAAAAACGGGAGACUUGUGGGGCGACCUCAUCGGGGAGGAGAAGGACCCGCUCGGGGACAUCCUCGGUUUCUCUUGCUGCCAGGGGGACGGGUGCAACGAGCCCGGCGCCGCGGCCCUCGCCCAGCAGCCGCGGCCCUCUGACCGCGACGGCACGUUCCGCACGGUGACGGCUGCCCUGCAGCGCCACAGGGGCGGGGUGGCCAGCGGCAGCGGCAUCAGCUGCUACCAGAACGGCACGGAGCCCGGGUCAGCGGCCACCGAGGGGAGCUGCCAGGAGGGCGACGACAUGUGCUCGGUGACCACAGUGAUGGGCUCGCUCGUGUACACCUGCUCCAACAAGAACGCCUGCGACCUCGCCAAAAAAGCGGGAGACUUGUGGGGCGACCUCAUCGGGGAGGAGAAGGACCCGCUCGGGGACAUCCUCGGUUUCUCUUGCUGCCAGGGGGACGGGUGCAACGAGCCCGGCGCCGCGGCCCUCGCCCAGCAGCCGCGGCCUUCUGACCGCGACGGCACAUUCCGCAAGGUGACGGCUGCCCUGCAGCGCCACAGGCGCGGGGUGGCCAGCGGCAGCGGCAUCAGCUGCUACCAGAACGGCACGGAGGCCGGGUCAGCAGCGACCGUGGGGAGCUGCCAGGAGGGCGACGACAUGUGCUCGGUGAUGACAGUGAUGGGCUCGCUCGUGUACACCUGCUCCAACAAGGACGCCUGCGACCUCGCCAAAAAAGCGGGAGACUUGUGGGGCGACCUCAUCGGGGAGGAGAAGGACCCGCUCGAGGGCAGCCUCGGUUUCUCUUGUUGCCAGGGGGACGGGUGCAACGAGCCCGGCGCCGCGGCCCUCGCCCAGCAGCCGCGGCCUUCUGACCGCGUCGGCACGUUCCGCACGGUGACGGCUGCCCUGCAGCGCCACAGGGGCGGGGUGGCCAGCGGCAGCGGCAUCAGCUGCUACCAGAACGGCACGGAGCCCGGGUCAGCGGCCACCGAGGGGAGCUGCCAGGAGGGCGACGACAUGUGCUCGGUGACCACAGUGAUGGGCUCGCUCGUGUACACCUGCUCCAACAAGAACGCCUGCGACCUCGCCAAAAAAGCGGGAGACUUGUGGGGCGACCUCAUCGGGGAGGAGAAGGACCCGCUCGGGGACAUCCUUGGUUUCUCUUGCUGCCAAGGGGACGGGUGCAACGAGCCCGGCGCCGCGGCCCUCGCCCAGCAGCCGCGGCCUUCUGACCGCGACGGCGCGUUCCGCACGGUGACGGCUGCCCUGCAGCGCCACAGGGGUGGGGUGGCCAGCGGCAGCGGCAUCAGCUGCUACCAGAACGGCACGGAACCCGGGUCAGCGGCCACCGAGGGGAGCUGCCAGGAGGGCGACGACAUGUGCUCGGUGACCACAGUGAUGGGCUCGCUCGUGUACACCUGCUCCAACAAGAACGCCUGCGACCUCGCCAAAAAAGCGGGAGAAUUCUGGGGCGACCUCAUCGGGGAGGAGAAGGACCCGCUCGGGGACAUCCUCGGUUUCUCUUGCUGCCAAGGGGACGGGUGCAACGAGCCCGGCGCCGCGGCCCUCGCCCAGCAGCCGCGGCCUUCUGACCGCGUCGGCGCGUUCCACACGGUGACGGCUGCCCUGCAGCGCCACAGGGGUGGGGUGGCCAGCGGCAGCGGCAUCAGCUGCUACCAGAACGGCACGGAGCCCGGGUCAGCGGCCACCGAGGGGAGCUGCCAGGAGGGCGACGACAUGUGCUCGGUGACCACAGUGAUGGGCUCGCUCGUGUACACCUGCUCCAACAAGAACGCCUGCGACCUCGCCAAAAAAGCGGGAGACUUGUGGGGCGACCUCAUCGGGGAGGAGAAGGACCCGCUCGGGGACAUCCUCGGUUUCUCUUGCUGCCAAGGGGACGGGUGCAACGAGCCCGGCGCCGCGGCCCUCGCCCAGCAGCCGCGGCCUUCUGACCGCGACGGCGCGUUCCGCACGGUGACGGCUGCCCUGCAGCGCCACAGAGGUGGGGUGGCCAGCGGCAGCGGCAUCAGCUGCUACCAGAACGGCACGGAACCCGGGUCAGCGGCCACCGAGGGGAGUUGCCAGGAGGGCGACGACAUGUGCUCGGUGAUGACAGUGAUGGGCUCGCUCGUGUACACCUGCUCCAACAAGAACGCCUGCGACCUCGCCAAAAAAGCGGGAGACUUGUGGGGCGACCUCAUCGGGGAGGAGAAGGACCCGCUCGGGGGCAGCCUCGGUUUCUCUUGCUGCCAAGGGGACGGGUGCAACGAGCCCGGCGCCGCGGCCCUCGCCCAGCAGCCGCGGCCCUCGCCCAGCAGCCAGUAG